UCAACCAAAUCAUCUUAGGAAUAUCAUAAACUGAACCUUAUGAUUCAUCGAAAAAACGAAAAUUUUCAAUUUCAUUAAGUGCCUUAUGAAAUUUUAAAAGAACCUUAUGAAAUGUUAAUGUUCCAGAAUAAUAUUCAUGACGAUGCCUUAUGAAAUAUAUACGCGUGUAACCGAUCUGAAAAUUUCAUAAGUUGUACCUUAUGACUAUCAUCACCUUUGUUGAUGUGAAAAAGCCAUAAGGCAAACCUUAUAAAAUCAAAAGUAAACAUGGCGGAGUACGUUGUCGAUGAGCUCGCUCUAAUCGCGGAUCUUUUUUCCGAUGUGCCGGCGGAGUGCAGCGAGAUCUUCCGGCUAGUGCGUCUACAGACAAUAGAUCUACUGACCAUCGACGAGGAAAAUUUUGAACGGAGACUGUCAAUAAUUCCGCACAGUCUAAAUGCAGCGCAGCUUUGGGAAUCAGUGUCCAAUUGGAGGGUUCGAAACAAUCUAGUUGGCGUCUGUAUUGUCAACCAAGACAACAUUGCCGUUCAGCAAACAACGGUUGCUGAAAUUUCCCAGGUGACGAAACCCGAGCCUGAACCAUUAGAUUGGCAUGACCUGUCCUCGGAUCCGGCAAGCUGCAAACCGGGCCCAUCAGGAGUAACCUCAGGAAAGGAAAUACAGGAGGCGGCUUUUCAAAAGCAGGAGGACAUAACAACGAUCCCUGGAACUGCUGAAUGGCCGGUCGGUGACGAGGAUACUGUGGCAGAAAACCCAUCCGAUCAGGAACCGACGGACCCAGCGACAGCGGAAAUCGUCCAGAUCAAGGAACCCGAGCUCUUGAUCGAGCCAACAAGCUGGUAUGACCCGUUCUCGGAUCCGAUGAACUGCAAACCGGGACCGUCGAGAGUAAGCUCGAGGAAGCAGUUGCAAGAACUGGAAAUUGGUUCUUUGGUUUGGCCCAAUCCAACCGUUUCCAAAAACCGCUCAUCUGUGGCAAAGCAAGAGGACAUUACUCCGGCUCCUGGAACGUAUGCAUGGCCGGUCGACGAAGAUGCUGUGACAGAAAACCCAGCCGAACAGGAACCGACGGAUCAAGAAAAUCAGCCCCUUGAUAAGGUAUGUUGGGUUCGAGGUUGGAUUAAAAACUUAAAACCAUUAAUGCACAGUGAGCCAAAAACCAUAAUUACGACGGACAAAUAAUAUUAGCGCCUAAAAAGAAAGUAUUACACUAAAACGCCUAAUUUCAUCUUCAUUAGCGCCUAAAUCGUCAGAUUUUAUACUCUGGAAAAGUUUUGUUUGCUUUUUUUUUACUCUAAAAUUUGAGUGCAUUUUUUCAGUGUAAAAGUGUGAUGAAAAAUAUCAACUUUUUGUUUGUUUAAUAUUCCAUGCCUCGCUCAAUGCCUUGCAAUUUCCCGAAGCCACUGUUCGCCAUUUGAACUUUGUUAACGUUGCAACGAAUUUUCUUACCAAUAGUGGUUUUUAUUUUGAAGUGCGCACUUUAUACGGUGUAUUACCAACAUUUCUUGAGUUACUUGAGAAAAAUAGUAAUAAGCAUACAGCUAUUCCCAGCAAAAGUAGGUGUACUUUCUACCAGUAGAUAUACAUUAGUGUUCGUGAUAAAUACCUCAACUUGAAAUGUCUGAUGUUUACUUUUGAUUUUUUCUAACAGCUGCCUGAAGGAAAACAAAAACCAGAAGAUCUUCCGCCACUGACGCCAACCAUUCUUCGAUCUAUGUUAAAUCAAAGCGAUUUUGGA